GUCCUUUCGUAGUACGCGAAACGGAAGGGUGCUAACUAGACAACCUGAAUCAACUAUCGGUGUCAUAGUGGGCCCCUCCAUGGGCCGUUACUCGGAGACAACUAAGGAGCUCGCCGCGACCUCCAAACUUUCAAUAAAGUUGUUAGGCGAGGACAACAUAAUUUACCGUUUGAAAAUUUAUGCCGCUG